AUGGCCCAGCAUUCACAGUGCCGCUCCGUGCUCAUCACAGGCACCAACCGUGGCAUCGGCUUGGGGCUAGUCCGGGGGCUCGCAGCCGCCUCCCCUUCGCCAGAAUUGAUCAUCGCCACUUGCCGGUACCCGGACAAGGCGCAGGAGCUGCACCAGCUCUGCAAACAGUAUCGGAACAUCAAGAUCCUCCGGCUGGACGUGGUUUCUGAAAACAGCAUCAACGAAGUCGUCAAGGAAGUGGAAGGCAUCGUCGGGCCUCAAGGACUGAACUGCCUGAUCAACAAUGCUGGCAUCAAUGUCUUGGCUUCACUGGACGAAGUCACUGCGGAAACCAUGCUCACUGUCUACAAGACCAACACCGUUGCCCAGCUGAUGGUCAGCAAAGCAUUUCUCCCCCUUCUAAGGAAAGCUGCUCAGCAAAGCACCGGCAUGGGGUGCCACCGAGCUGCCAUCAUCAACAUGUCCUCGCGCUCGGCCUGCAUGCAGUUUGUGGAUGUCAAUGACUUGGCCCUCGGGGUGUACCCUUACAGGAUAGCCAAGACGGCACUGAACAUGGUGACGCGGUGCCUUGCGGCAGACUUGAAGUCGGAUGGAAUUCUCUGCAUCUCUCUCCACCCAGGCUGGAUCCAGACAGAUAUGGGAGGAAAGAAGGCACCCUUGAAGAUCCAAGAUACUAUCCCCAGCAUCCUUUCUGUUUUGGCUCAGCUUGGCGAAAAAGAUAACGGCUCCUUCCUGGACUGGCAAGGGAAAACCUUACCCUGGUAG